AUGUUCUCCUUUACCAUUCCCAAGCUCUUCCUCCUUCUUGUUGCUCUUCUCACGACACCAAUCUUUGGUGAUUAUGUCGAACUUCCUGGCCAUGCCAAAAGCUUUGGUGGACUAGAAGCUCGGACACCUACCCCUGCACGUAAAAAAGGAGGUAGCUCAAAUGCCAAUUCAACUGAGACUACUAGUGCGUCAGGGACCGCAAACUCCGCGCCAAACAACGUUAUCAAUCUCGCCGGUGUCGGUGCUGCCGUCUUUGUCGUUGGGACUGCUAUUAUGUUUUAA